AAUGUUGUUGAUCGAGGAAUGGGAAUAAUUACUGUCUCCAUUUUGUUGGGAAACACUCUUCUUCUUGUUGCUGUUGCUCAGAGCUUUCACCACCCAAAACAACAACAUGAUUUGUGUGAAGAGCUCAUUAUCCCCUCCGGUUACCCCUGCUCCCAAUAUACGAUUCAAACGAAGGAUGGUUUCCUGCUAGGUCUUCAGCGCGUCUCUUCUUCUUCUCUUGGGCUUGGGUACGAUGGAGAACGAGGCCCUCCGGUUCUGCUUCUGCUUCUGCAUGGCUUAUUCAUGGCAGGUGAUCAUGCAUGGUUUAUAAAUACUCCAGAUCAAUCACUUGGCUUCAUACUUGCGGAUCAUGGUUUUGAUGUUUGGGUAGGAAAUGUGCGCGGAACACGCUGGAGCCACGGGGACUUAGCCAUGUAUGAUCUUGCAGAAAUGAUCAAUUACAUUAAUUCAGUAACAAACGCAAAGCUAUUAGUCCUCGGGCAUCCACAGGGUAAAAUGUCUUUCGCUGCCUUCACUCAACCGGAGAUAGCAGAAAAGGUUGAACAACUGAACCACAAAAGAACCACUCCCACGUUGCUCCGUCAUAAUGAUAAAGCCAGAGAUCCUACUUCUUCUUUGUUUCAGCCUCAACAAAGUUCCCCGCAACACUUUCAGGGUCUUGCUAUGGCAUUGCUAUUUCUAAUAGGAUAUGCAGUCAUCAUAUUUGAAGAAUAUCUAGGGAUCAAUAAAAGCGGAGUGGGACUGUUGAUGGCUGUAGGCUUGUGGGUGAUACGGAGUAUUUGGGCUCCAUCAACUGAUAUAGCUGUUUCAGAGCUAACUCAUGCAUCUGCAGAAGUCAGUGAAAUAGUGUUUUUCUUGCUUGGUGCAAUGACCAUUGUUGAGAUAGUUGACACUCAUGGAGGAUUUAAGCUGGUUACAGACAAUAUAACAACCCAAAACCCACGCCUUCUCCUAUGGGUGAUUGGAUUUAUUACAUUCUUUCUCAGUUCAGUUCUAGACAGCCUGGCAUCCACCAUAGUCAUGAUUUCUCUGUUGCAGAAAUUAGUACCUCUGUCAGAGUAUCAGAAGAUAUUGGGAGGUGUUGUUGUAAUAGCAGCAAAUGCUGGUGGUGCAUGGAGUCCUAUUGGUGCUGUUACCACUACUAUGCUGUGGAUAAAUGGCCAAGUAUCUGCAGUGCAAACAAUGAAGGGUUUGUUUUUACCUUCAGUCAUUUCUCUAGUUGUUCCUCUGGUUCUGAUGUCCUUGACUAGUGGAGUUAAUGGGAAGGAACAAAGGUCUCUGGAUGUCUUUGCCUCUGAACCGAUUGCUCCUCGAGGGCAGCUUGUUUUCUCAGUGAGUUUAGGAGCUUUGAUUUUUGUCCCAGUGUUCAGGUCCCUCACAGGUUUACCUCCGUACAUCGGAAUGCUGCUCGGACUUGGCAUGCUUUGGAUUUUCGUUGAUGCUAUCCAUUAUGGUGAAUCUGAAAGGCAGAAGCUAAAAGUGCCACAUGCUCUGUCAAGGAUAGACACUCAAGGAGCACUAUUUUUCUUGGGAAUUCUAUUAUCCGUUAGCAGCCUGGAGGUAGCAGGGAUUCUUCGGGAAAUAGCAAAUUACUUUGAUGCACAUGUCCCAAGAUGUGAACUGAUUGCAAGUGCUAUUGGACUAAUAUCUGCAGUAAUAGACAAUGUUCCAUUGGUUGCUGCCACAAUGGGAAUGUAUGAUGUCUCUUCUUUCCCUCAAGAUUCUGAGUUCUGGCAAAUGAUUGCAUUAUGUGCUAGUACUGGCGGAUCCAUAUUAAUUAUUGGCUCAGCUGCUGGAGUUGCGUUCAUGGGGAUGGAAAAGGUGGACUUCUUUUGGUACUUACGGAAGGUUAGUGGCUUUGCCUUAGCAGGUUAUGCUGCUGGUAUUGCGGCCUAUUUAGCGCUUCAUAAUCUCAACAUCUUCCAACCAACACUUGCAGAGGUUCAUUUCCUUUCUGGUUCUUAAAUAUGAAAUUGGGACUUCAUUCGAAUCCAUUUUCAUGAUAUCUGUUAACUCAUUGGCUAGCAUACCAAGUACAAAUAGUAUUAAAAUGAUAAGAUCGAGUAUUGAAUUCCAUAAAGAUUAUGCUUGUACUCGGUGUUAUAUAAACUAAAAUGAAUUAACUAUAAAGUAAGGAACAUGAAGGUUAAGAAAACAAAUGCUUGACGUUGUGAGAUGGUGUUGAUGAUGAGUUAAGGAACGUGUUGAAAGCUCCACGUACUAAAACUACUCUUGAUGUAAUCAUAAUAGAUUUUUCUCUUUUUAACAUGAAUGUGAUUAUUAUAUGCAUUUUUUAACA